AUGUUGAAAAGUAGGCGCCAGGUUGAUCGGUAUGUUUCGCAUCUAUUGUCGAGGUGCAGCUCAGCCGACGAACGUAAGGCUCUGGGCUUGAAAAUCGCAAAUUUGUACAUUGAUGUGAAAGAGUACAACGUUGCGAAAGGAUACUUGGAGCGGUAUCUUCAAGUAAAUAAGGAGUCUGCCGAUGCAGUCAACCUACUUGCCUGGGUAAAUGAAGUAAUUGCUCGUCCGUUGGGAGCGAACGAGUUAAGAUCCACACUCAACGGGAACUAUUUUGGUACGAAUGUAUGUGAACAGUCGGGCGGUGAAGUAAUACCUCACCUCCCAUCACAGACCACAAAAGGAUUUUCAUGUGACACAUUGGACAUCCUCAAGGCACAGCUGCUAAACGAUCCAACAAACGCGGAUAUUUGUAUGCGGUUUAUCAAAUUAUCAGUAAAGCAGGGACUGAUCAAAGAAGCCGUCGAACACUGUACUGAUUGCUUACAAGCUGGUUACCACAACAAUUCAUCGCCUUGGUUCAACUGUUUCAUUGGCUUCCUUGAGAGUUUGGCAGACAACUCAGAGCUUUAUAAGCUGUUUCGUGCUUUGGGACGUAUGAUGUUGGUCCGGAUAACCUCUCCAACCUCAUGCUUGUCGGACCUACGUACAAAUUUGGAGUCCCUCUCCAGGUCUCUCGAUUGCUUGUCUUCGGAUGCGGAAUCAUCGUUUAUGCGUAAUGAGGGUGAAGCUUGGCUUUACUUUUAUACAGCAGUUUAUUCACACCGCCGUUUUCGUGACCUUGGUGGUGAUUCGUAUUGCGAGGAUGUGAUGCAUCAGUUUUAUCGUCGGACUGUUGAACGAGCAGAAUCAACUACUUGGCCAUGUGGAAUUUUGCCACCGGCCAUCUGGAAACGCCUGCACCAAUAUCGUCAAGAACACCAUAUUCAGUCAAUGUGGCUUCUACGCAGGUAUCCCUCAACUUAUCCGGAAAAUCCUCUGAAUUCUUUGUCGUGGAAUGAGUUGUUGGAUUUAGUACACGGGGAGAUGAAAGAAAACAGACCAGUUCAGAGCAGCCAGCUAAAUGAAAGUACCGUGUCUGCAACCAAGGAUGUUAGUCUGGAUGCUACAGAACAUUUACUACAAACCUCUCACAAAACUGUGCUCAUGUCCCCAGAAAACUUGUCGUUGAUACUUUGGCUCUGUGCUCAACUGUCUGACAUGUCCUCAGAGUUGAAAGACAACACCUUGUCUAACGGACGUGUAGAGUUUCUCUCACAACUUGUAUCAACAUGUUUCCCGGGUUUGGAUGUGUCAAACUUGCCACUGCCGUUCACUGAGUCCCAGAACGCCGUCGCUGUUCCCGCGGAUACUACGUGCCAGCUGGAUUUGGUAUGUUUUUUGUUGGCUGCAUUCUUACAGGCAGCCAUACGUAGUUUGGCUGGUACUUCUUCGAGCACAGGCGUCGGAUCACAAUGGGUCAAGUCUCCGGUUUGCAUAACACCAACCGUAUUACAGCCAAAUGUCGCUCAAAAACAGUGGUGGACAGCAUGUCUGAGGGUGACACUCCCUCACACAGCAGAAAAUACUGUGCGACCGAUGCGAACUCCGCCUAUCUUUAACUGCGGUUUGAAUCAACUUCGCCUGGUUGCUCGUCCGGCGCGCUGUUUUGGUAAACAGUCUGGUAUCUUCCCGACGGCGCUGUUGUUUCGAGUGGCUAGCGCUCUCACCUUCCUAGCAGACAAGGCAUCUGGGACGGAGCGGAAGCAUCUAAUUGAAGAUUGGGCUGCAGGCUAUUGGCAAGCCGCUUUACAAUACCAGGCCUUCGGUAUUCCACCUCCGCUGCACACCAACACGUUAGCAAAAACCCGUACGGUUCCUGCGUGCUCGGGCACAUACACUGUCCUGAGCGACAGGAUGCAACUUUCUAGUCGUGCGUCACCCGGCUACAGUUUGCCCACGAUGGAUAGCCCUGGAUCCCAGCAAAUCUAUCAUGUCUUGUUCAAUUUACCGUCGGACUGUAACUGGUGGUUGGGGGUUCAAAAUCCGGACAGUUCGAAGGAGGUCGAGUGGUAUUGGUUCAACUAUGGGGUCUGCUGUUUGCUCACACAAUUAACGCGACGAUCGAAAGAGAGCGGCUGCGUUUCGGAUGAUGGAAAGGCUAUUCUGCGUCGGCUGAUACGCUUGUUAGAUGGUUUUGAUGUCCACUUGAGUCGUGAAGCAUACAGGCUAGGAGGACAGCUGCUACUAACCUGCACUCCGGAAAAUCGAGUCCUUGGCUAUGACGAAGCAAAUGCUUAUGCUGAUAAUGUGAGCAAUUCGGUAGCCGGGGAUCCUCUGAACAACGCGCAGCGUGCUCGGUUUUAUUUGGAGCAUUCGUCGCAAUCACCCCUAACCAUCGAUAACCGUUCACCUGCGGAUUGGCACACACCCCAGUCCGUCAGCAAGAACACACCGUUCCGUUUUCGGCCAUCUACUUGGACAGACUCGGUUUCUACCAGUCUCAUUGUCAACCGGUCAUCUUCUCCUGGUAAUUCUAUCCUGGGUUCCCGUCUCAAUGACACGGUUGAGUUUCCGUACAUUCAUUCACCGCGUACACCUCACGCCAGUGGUAGGCGCCUGGGUAAUCGACAGCCGGACGAAGAUUUCAGGGUGGAGGAUAAAACACAUGCAAAUAUACGUCUAAUUGUACCGGCUGCUGCUGAAUCAACGGACGAACUAGACUCUUCGCAGUAUGAUGUUCUUAGCCGGUCUCAGGAAAUGCUUAUGUCAAGUUUCCUCAGUACCUGGCAAAGUUUAGUGAAUGGUCUUUCUUGCCAACUGGCUGAAACAAAAGCCGAAUUGUCUCGGAGCCGUCAGCUUAACGAACAGCUAUCGAAACAACUGAACGAUACGAGCAAACAAUUGGCCGAGGCGAUUAACAAGUUUGUUGAAUGCCAAGAGAAAUUAAGCAAGCAGUCGAAUCAGUCUUCCACCGCAGCCGCUAACUCCGAUAACUUUACCGAUGCUAUAAAGCUUCUUCAGAGUCCGAUCCGUGAUCUCUCCCUAGCCAUUAACGAUCUACGACGUUGGCUACCGGAGGGCAUGGCCGCGGCUGCCAGUGCAGCUGUUAGCGCGCAUUUUUCACCACAGAUUUCCACGUCCAGAGCAGUGUUUAAUAGCGCAGAAGCUGCAGCUCUCAUGCAGUUUUGCGGACCGAAUGCUCCAUUUGCGACAUUCAAUCAGAUACCCGUGCAGUCUGUCCCCGUCAGCUGGCGGACGCCAUUCUUCCAUCCCGCAAGUAACAAUCCUGUCCAUGUACCUGCUGAAUUUAAACCUCGAGCACCUAGUGGUGGGAUUGCAGCUACUCAUGUCUCAUCCACAGUUCAACAAAAUGGUGGAGUUGAUUUCGUCACCCAUCAAUCCGAUCAAACAACCGGCCUCACACGUCAGCCAAACUCUUUGCUUGCGUCUGCUUCGCUAUUUCCUGGAACCUCUGCACCCUCCACCUGGGAGAACUCGCCUCUUCGACGGGAUACUGUUCCCAAGCCAUCUGGCAGACCAGAUGUAACCGAACAGUCGUUCCUCACCGCGUCAAUCACUCCACCGAUUCGACCCACUAGUGUGGUUCAGUCUCCAGCCCAGUUGACUUUCGGCUCAGAUCGUCCCCGCCAGGAUCCAAACACUUCGGCUUCCCCGUCCACUCACGGUUCUCGACCACAAAUCGGUUCUAGUACUGACAGCCCUAAUCAAACUCACGGUUCUCGACCACAAAUCGGUUCUGGUACUGACAGUCCUAAUCACCCUGCUCAGCCCGUUGUAACAAAUGCUCCUACGGAACCUAAGCCGCUGCAUAAUCUUGGAUUAUUUCAGCCCUCAACAGUUAGUGCCACAAUGUCUUCACGGACCGCACCCAUUGAAACAAAAGGAACCCUAGCAUCUGCGAGCACACCGGCAAAACCAUCUUUGUUUGGACUGGAAAACCUCAGUACCUCGGGCUCCACUCCUAGUAGCAUCAGUUUGUCAUCUUCGACGAAACCUUUCGGACACAGCUCGCCACAGCAGGCCAACGGUGGUAGUGUGAAGUCGCCGUCAACCUCUCGCAAUGAAGAGGACUCGGACCAGUGCCCGGAAGCGUACGAACCCAAGGUCGAUUUCACGCCAGUUGUGAGUUCUUUACCAGAUUUAAUCGAACAAUAUACGGGAGAGGAAAAUGAGGAACGUUUGUUCGCUGAUCGUGCUCGUCUUUUUCGCUUCGAUAAACCGACUGGAUCAUGGAAAACUCGUGGCGUUGGUGAGAUGCGCAUUUUGCAUGAUAUAGGAGGUGACAAAUAUAGACUUGUGAUGCGUCGGGACCAAGUGAAGAAACUGUGUGCCAAUCAUGCGAUAACGAGCAAUGUACAUGUGACGAUUAGUACUAAAGAUCCUAGAAUGGCUAUGUGGGCCGUACGAGAUUACGCCGAAUGUCCCGAAGGAAAAGACGAAACAUUUAUGAUUCAGUUCAAAUCCACUGAGUUACUUCAGCAAUUUAUAGACGUUGUGCGCGAAUGUGUUACCAAGUGCGCAAGCAAAAGUGCACCCGCGCCAUCGACCACAACUGCGGCAUCUUCUGUCACGACCGUCCCUAAGUCAAAUCCUCAGGAGGCUCACAGGGAGGAAACGAUCGAUUUGAAUGCUAAAUUCGGUCCAAAACCGGGCGAAUGGAAUUGUUCUGUCUGCUUGGUGCGAAAUGCACCUGGCACCAGUAAAUGCGUCGCUUGUCAGACGGUAAAGCCCGUCAAUCCUAACGAAACACCAAAGUCUGAACCUGCUCCUGCCAAAGAUCCUCUGCUUCUAAAGUUUGCCCCUCAGCCUGGUUCGUGGGAUUGUCCAACUUGCAUGCUCCAUCACACCAGCACAGUCCAAACAUGUCCGGCAUGUAACACUGCCAAACCAAAUAGUGGUAGUUCAGCCCAGUCUUCCAAGGCACCCUCAUCUACACAGCUGUUUGGAGGCUUCGUCAUGGGUGGUGGAGGGUUCGUCUUCGGUCAACCGAAACCUACAUCAUCCACAACUGAUACUGCAACCGUCACCUCAUCCAAGCCCUUGUUCAGCUUUGUUGGUAGUGCGUCGAAGCCGACCACUUUGUUCACCCCGUCUCCACCACAGGGCUGUGCCACAACAAAAGUGGUUUCGAGCACUGAAUCGCUAGCAGCCGAUACAAAGCCGUUAUCAUCAAGUUUUACUAAACCGUCGGUUUUUUAUUUCGGGAGGGACCCCACAUCUAGCACUCCAGCCACAGGUCCUUGUGUGGAAUCUGAGAAAACGGAUAAAGCUGGGGGUGCUUUCGCAUCUCUGAACCUUCUCAAUGGUCUGGGUAAAACUAGUGGAUUCAGUUUCAAUUUCGGUUCCAGUAAAACUGAAAAGGAUACCAGUAAAACCGUUACUAGUCCAACGAAAGGCGGUGACAAUCUGGACACAGAUCAGGUAGAGUUAGUCGAUGAGGAGAAGCUAACAUUUAAACCAGCUUUGGCGGUGAUGCCAGACAAGGUAGUGCUCCGCACUGGUGAAGAAAAUGAAGAUAUCAUAUUUUGUGAACGGGCCAAACUUUAUCGAUGGGACGUAUCGGUCUGGCGUGAACGAGGAGUGGGCGAGCUAAAAUUACUCCGUAACCCAUCUACUGGCUCAGUGCGUUGUUUGAUGCGGCGUGAUCACGUGCUCAAAGUUUGCUGCAACCAUCCCAUCACAUCUGGUAUGCAGCUUAAACCGAUGAGUGCAACUGAUGGACGCGCUUGGACGUGGUGGGCAAUCGAUUUCACUGAACCUUCACCGGAUGAAGCGAUGAAUAAGUCCAUGGACCGCAGCCUAUCCAUUGACGUCGCUGGUGGUAGGCCAGAAACUUUUGCUGUUCGAUUCAAAACGACAGAACAUGCUCAGCUGUUUAAGGAUAUUUUCAGCGACGCGGUGGCAAAAGCGGAGAAGUCCAAAUCAAGUACUGCUACACAGGAGUUGGCGACGAAAAUCCAGACCGUUGAUUUAGACGUUCAGAACGAACCUUCCGAUUCGGACGAUGUAUGCGUAGUUGAGAAGCCUCCCGAGGUGACUGAAGAGCAGCUGUCGCGCGCCCGGCAACUUCGGUUACCCGAUGAGUUCUAUGCAUUCGAAAACGGUUGUGUUUCUGGCGAGGCAGAACCAUUAACUGAACAAGAGGAAGCCGAAGAGGAUGCUUUGUUAGAAGCUGCUGUUCGAAGGGCGGUCAACGCUUGUCAACGGCCUGCUAAUUCUGGUGAAUCUGAGAGUGACCGUGUACCCAAGACCGAAGGGGCUGGUGCGUUUCCUACUGUUUCCAGUCAAGGCGACACUGCACCCACUCCUACACCAUCUGUAUCUACUUCUUCAGGAGUUCCCGGUUUCACCAAUGGCACAACCACAGGUUUAUUGGUUUCAUCGGGAGGAACUCAACUGAACUCAGCAUUCGAUGGCUUCUCCCAAUCGGCUGGAAAGCUGCUGGAUUUUUCUUCGCUGAGCGCAAACUUAUCUUCCGACAGCAAGCCUACUUGGGGUUCUCCAUCAGCUGAGUCCAAGACACAGCAGAGUGUUUGGCCUAGCGCAACAACCCCCAUGUUUGCAGCACAUACAAAGAAACAUGAGGUGGAGAAUGGAACAGAGGAGUCCGGGGAACAAGAUCCCCAUUAUGAACCCAUUAUCUCACUGCCAGAACUCGUUCAGACAAAAUCCGGAGAGGAAUCAGAACUGUGUCUAUUCUUUGGGCGUUGUCGUGCCUACCGAUUUGUGGAUGGCGCUUGGAAAGAGCGAGGUGUGGGCAAUAUCAAAGUUCUAAUCCAACCUCAGUCCGUUCCCAAUGGAUGUAAACUUGGGUCGAAGGAAAUCGUGCCAAACGACGUUGAUCUCGGUGUCGUUGACCGUUCUCGACUCCUGAUGCGGCGUGACCAGGUGUUGAAACUUUGUAUAAAUCAGCUGAUUGGAUCGGACGUUCCAAUGUUCAAGCCAAUGGGUAACACUGGCUUGUGCUGGAUUGGGGAAGAUUACAGUGAAGGUUCAGCCGUUCGUGAAACCUUUGCGGUCCGCUUCAAGGAUGAAACAGAGCUUGCCAGUUUCAAGGCGGCAGUAACUCGUGCACGGAACCUGCUGAAGAAAAUCUAACGAUGUGCUUCAAAACUUCACUCAGAUUAGUGGUAAGUACUUUGUUUCAAUAAAUGGGUUGUUGCCUGAAUAUUUUUCUUCAUUCCGCCAUUUUAUUUGACGAUGUCUUCUGCUUCACACUCCAGGUCAACUCAGUACCGGUUGCAUGGUCGCCCUGUGUCGUGUCUGAACAGAACUCCUUCCAGGAUCACUUUUCCCAUUUUUGGUACAUGACACUAACCCUAUGUAUUUUCCUAUCAAUUUUUCAUCCGGUCAUCCACGCACAUGCAUACUGCAUCGCCAUCACUCAUUGGUCUUCUACAUUGUGCGUGCUAUGCGGCUUGUCUGUAGUACUGCUGAUUACGUCCAAACCAAGAUGUUAUACUAUGACGACA